AACAGAGCACGGUCUAAAAGGACUGGAAGAUUCAGGGGAAACCCAUUCAGUAUCAAGAUAUCAAGUUGAUAAAGAUAUUUUAGACUCUACGAGAGACAUGACAGAUCUGGAAAGAGAUUUUGAAGAGAAGGAAGAAAAGUUUGACACUGAACUAAAUCCAGAGAUUCGGGAGAAAAUGGCGGCUCUUCAAGAGGAACAAUCAGAUCAGAAAGCCUUGGAAACGAUGAGGAAAAAUUUGGAUCGAGAGAAAGAGGAAAUGGAAAAAGGCCAGACAAUUGCAAAAGAAUGCCAGGAAGUUCAAAAACAAUUAGAAUUUGUUGAAGCAAUGGAAGAAAUGGACAAUGAGAGGAAAAGACUUAAGAAGAAGUAUGACUUCCUUAAGAAGAUAAAGGAAAAACAAAAUGAGAAAGAGCAAAAUAUCAACAAAAUGGAGCGCGACAUAGAGGAACUGAUACCAAAUUUAGUCAACGACACAGAAAUUAUUAUUUCGCAAGUGAAAGCACUUGCAAAGGAGUGGGAGCGCUUGAAGAAGUCGGACAUAAAACUGUUGACCGAAGAAAUCAAACUAACAAAGUCAAAGAUGGAAGCGGAAAUGGAGACACAAAAAAUACAAGAAGAGAUAGCAACUUUCUAUAACGUAUCCCAAAACCUGCAUAGAAUUACAGUGAAACUGGACGAGCGGCAAGAGAUAAUGCAGCAAAUGCAGAAAAAGAUCAAGGAAGAAAAAGAGAAGCUGGCGAGAGAAAUAGAAAGUUUCCAACGGGAGUGUAGAUCGUCAGUCGAUGAGUGGCGAAAUCUGCGGGAGACGGAGAAGCACGGGAGGAAGAAGGAAAAACUCAGAACAUCCAAAAAUAUCCUAAAAAUGGAGGAAAAACUUCUUCAGAAAGAAAAAAGGGGCAAGUGGACUGUAACCCAAAAUCUAGACAGUAUUUUUAAGCAACAGGAUCAGUGGGAAAUGGAACAAGAGACUCAACUGGAGAAAGACAAUAAAGAAUCGAAGGCAUGGAUUAGAAAGCGAGAGCAAGAGCUCAGGUUUGUGGAUUUCGAAAGAAAAUAUCAAGAAGAGUGGAAAGAAAGCUCGACUGUCCUCCAGGAAAUCAUGGAGUCAUUGCAGAACGUGCUGAUUGACCUGGAGAAGAGGAAAGAAACUGAACUGGAGAGAAAAAUCCCAAGGCCUGUAGAAAAAAACUCAGUCCAGACAAAAAACAAAAGCAACAAAGAAGGCUUCUUUUCUUCCUUUGGAAAGCCGAAGUGUGAAGCAGAAGGUUCAUUUGAAAGAAAAACAGGAGAGAUGAGAACGAAUCAGGAAGAAGAGACGACGAGGAAGGGCGUUUGGGUACAGAUGUGUAAUUUGUUCCUAAGGAAAUCUGAGAAAAAGCAGCCAGAGAACAGGAUCAGGAAGUCCUCACCGAGAGCAUCUGUGAAGAAACCUUCAGAGGCUCACUCAGGAGAAAGCUGUACUGGUGGAUGCAACCAUGAAGGCCACAAAAAGAAGAACUGAUCUCUGAGACUCAGACAGAUGAGAUGUUUUGAUCAUCGGAUAUUGCAAUUUUUGGGAUGGAGGGAGGAUUGACAUGCAGCCAAGUGAGGCUGGCAGGCAGGAAAUCAAAGCGGGGACAGGAGAACACUACACAACUCGAACAGGAAGUUAGCAGCCAAAGCGACAGCACCAGUUGUUUGUGAGCAUAAAGUCAAUCUGCAGCUCCGUCUGCUGUCCAGGUGAGUCCAGGUGCUGCUGGACCAGGAAGCUCCGACAUUGAAGGCCUUCAGCUCGGAUCAGGAAGUACCCCGCCUCUCACCCAAUGACUGCUGGAGAUAUUCGCCAGCCCCCAUGUUCCUGCAGAGGAUAAGACAAUGGAUGGAUGGAUAACUCAACUGCAGUUCCAGGUGAAGGUGACCUCAGCGCUCACCAAGGAAUCGCUCCUUUCCACAGGGACGCAUUAGGAAAUUACCCAGGUCACCCACAGACUGUCGGCAUGCAGAGAGAUGACAUAUUUUCCCGCUGCAUCAGGGGGAGCCGGUCUGAGCAUGCGCAGACCGUCCCGGUUAGUUUGCAGGAAGUUUUGGAUCCGCUCCGUCCUGCUGAAGUUUCUCCGCCUCGGUUUCGCCUCCGGAUUGAAGUUGGAUUUAAACUUCCUCGCAGGAAUGACUAACACUUCAGACCUGGAGCAACUGGCAGAAAUAGAGCUGCAGAAAGAGGAAGAGGAGGGUGAGGAAGAGCAGAGGGCGGUUCCUGACGGGCCCAGCAGAACCGAUCCGUCCCAUCCGUACUACGAUGUGGCUCGACACGGAAUCAUCCAGGUGUCAGGAGACGAUAACUACGGCAGGAAGCUGAUCGUCUUCAGCAGCUGCUGCCUGCCGCCGUCUCACCAGCUCAACCACCGCCGCCUCCUGGAGUACCUGAAGUUCACGCUGGACCAGUACGUGGAGAUGGACUACAUACUGGUUUACUUCCACUACGGCAUCAGGAGCAGCAACAAGCCGUCGCUCAAGUGGCUGCGCGAAGCCUACGGCGAGUUCGACCGGAAAUACAAGAAGAACCUAAAGACGCUCUACGUCGUCCAUCCAACUAACUUCAUCCGGAUCGUCUGGAACAUUUUCAAACCUCUGAUCAGUCACAAGUUUGGGAAGAAGCUGAAGUAUGUGAACUACCUGGCGGAGCUGCGGGAACACCUGAACUACGACCAGCUCUUCAUCCCUGCAGACGUCCUGAGGCAUGACGAGAAGCUGCGGGCGGCUCAGAAGGGCGGACCGCCUACGCCUGUGAAGACGCCGCCUCCUCGGCCGCCGCUGCCCACGCAGCAGUUUGGAGUCAGCCUGCAGUACAUCAGGGAGAAGAACCGCGAGGCAAUCGUCCCACCUGUCAUGGCUCAGACUGUGGCCUACCUAAAGGAGAAAGGUCUGAGGACUGAGGGGAUCUUCAGGCGUUCGGUUCGGGUUCAGAUCAUCAAGGAAGUCCAGAAACUCUACAACCAGGGUAAGCCAGUGAACUUUGACCUCUACCAGGACGUCCAUGUUGCCGCGGUGAUCCUGAAGACGUUCCUCAGAGAGCUUCCCGAGCCGCUGCUCACCUUCCGGGUCUACGGCCAGGUUCUGGAGCUCCUGGAUGUGGAGAGCAGCCUUCGCGCCACCAGGUGCAAGCAGAUUGUAGAAAGUCUUCCUGAACACAACUUCAUCGUGUUGAAGUUUCUGCUCUGCUUCCUGAACAUGGUGUCCCAGCAGAGCCUCAGCAACAAGAUGAGCGCCUCCAACCUGGCAUGCGUCUUCGGCGUGAACCUGGUCUGGCCGCGCCACGGCUCCAUCUCGCUCAGCGCGCUGACGCCCAUCAACAUUUUCACCGAGAUCCUCGUCGAACACUUCGCCGCCGUGUUCGGCUCCCGCUGCCCGCCUGCUCAGGUAACCCCAUGACCCCACCGCUGAGGGAGCCGGAAAGGUCAAGCCUGUUACACCACCAGUGCACUACAAAAACUAGAAAUAAUAAUAGUAAUGCAAUGUGAUUAUUUUUGUUUUAUCUUUUGGACAGAAUAUAUUUAACGUGUGAAUAAAACCCAAAGUUGUCAAAUAAUGCCUGGAUUAAAACUGUUUCUGUAGCUUCACUGUAAAAAACAAGAAUUUAAAUGUUUUGUAAGUGGAAUUUGUAUUUUAAUAAAUUGUGACUUAAUGAAG